GCAGCAAAACAAGAGUCACCGAGUCAUGAUGCAUUUGCGGCCCCACAUGAGGCACACGUCCGUCAGAGUCACCAGUGCAACUUGAGCGAAGUAUCGAACCAUCCACUGCGGUCCAUUUUGUUGCAUAAAAGAAACACCAUUGCCUGGAUUUUCAUUUGGUUCACCGUGGCGAUGUAUAGUGGAGCAUGGACUGCGGAGGAGCAACGCUAUGUUACUGCUCUCAUUGAAGAGUUUCACGCUGGGAAUCUGCCGGGUGUCAAGGAAAGGACCAGCCUUAGGAAGCUGCUUGCCUCAAAGCUAGGGUGUCACGAGAAACGCAUUACCAAAAAAUAUGAAAGGACAGGCUACAAUGGACGAAAGCAAUACGUUCCAAAUGUGAUGGGUUUUUCCCGUGCAGAUUCCGAAAGGAGGCUGCAUAGACUCCAGGAACUCGAACUCAGUUUCCGGAGAAGCAGGGAGCACCUGAUCAAUCCACACGCCGCCAUUAGUGCAAUGUCCGCCGGACAAGCUCAGUCACAAGGCAUCACCGGAGCAAACCUACCCCAGCUUCAACCCCGUCAAGGCUUCGGAGUGGCUUUACCCCGAACGGGCCCCAUUGGUGCUUCGUCUGCGCUGCAGUCCCCUCCUGCGUCUGCCUAUCUUGACCGCAUGAGGAGCAUGUACAACGAACUCGUGAUUUCGCAAGCACUCACUAGAACGGGGAGUCUUCAACUUUCAUCCAAUCUUAGGGCUACUAGUUCUGCAAUACCGCAAAAUACGAUCCGUGCAGGGCUACCUCCAACAAACAACCUGGUUGAGGGAACACAACAUUUGCGGGCUCAUCACGGGGUACUUUCGAACGCAGAUAUUCUCCGGUCACUUGCUGCACCCAUGCCUUCUACCGGCGUAGCCCUGGGUCUCGCAGCUUCUGGAUUGCGCGCAACCACCACGUUGACCCCACAGCCAAUACAGCCGCGGCCGUCGUUGACCCUUCAGCCAAUACAGCCGCGGCCUUCGUUGGCCAACCAAGCAACACUGCCGCAGCCAACCAAUCCAGAUCCGCGUCGUCCUUACUCAACUGCGGAGCUCUAUCAUCCCCGUCCACCCAAGCACGCAAAGAGUGGCUGAUCCGCAGCUGGUUUUUUUUGGGUGGCGUGGUGGUGGUGGUUGUUGCCGUAAUGGCUGCAGUUAAGGGUUGCCUAUAAUAUUGGUGUUGAUGCUUGCAUCCAACAGGUACCGUGCUUUCCAGCUACUUACUACCUAGAGUGUGACCAACGUUGCUUGGAGCAUCAACAGGCUCCUAUCAUGCUUCCGAAAACGGGCAGUCCCAUGUUACCAACAAUAAAUUUGGUGCUGGGAGUGAUGAGCGAGCGACCAAUGUGCUGGUUCAUAUGUACUCAUGACAUAUAUUAUGAUUGCGUGAAGGAGAUUAAGAUGUUGAGAGUAACGGGCUCUUGCCAUGGCUAACUACGAUAGUCUCAUUGUCAUUGUUUC